GGUCAUGACUGUCCAGUCCAGGGAGGGGGAGGACCCUGAGUAUCAAUGACAGACUCCAGGGACACCUGCCCCUGUGUCCAAAUAUGGUCUCGAGCCACUGGCUGGAGUGAUAAAGUCUCCUGGGUCAGGGCUGGGAGGGGCAGACCGAGGCUGUUGGCCGAGGUGGGCAGAACUCCAGAGCAGCAUCCCAGGAGCAAGCGACCUGCUGAGAGGAUGGCCGAGGUGGAAGCGGCACAGCUGAAGGAGGAGGGGAACCGGCACUUCCAGAGCCAGGACUACAAGGCGGCGACGAAGAGCUACAGCCAGGCCCUGAAGCUGACCAAGGACAAGUCGCUGCUGGCCACGCUCUAUCGGAAUCGGGCAGCCUGUGGCCUGAAGAUGGAGAGCUACGUCCAAGCAGCUUCAGAUGCCUCAAGAGCCAUCGACAUCAACUCCUCAGACAUCAAGGCUCUGUAUCGGCGAUGCCAGGCACUAGAGCACCUGGGAAAGUUGGACCAGGCCUUCAAGGAUGUGCAGCGCUGUGCCACCCUUGAGCCACGAAACCAGAACUUCCAGGAGACGCUGAGGAGGCUCAACACCAGCAUCCAGGAGAAGCUCCGCGUUCAAUUCUCCACAGACUCCAGGGUACAGAACAUGUUUGAGAUCCUCUUGGACCAAAACAGUGAUGCUGAUAAGCUGGAAAAGGCUGCCAACAACCUCAUUGUGCUGGGCAGGGAGGACGCAGGGGCUGAGCGGAUCUUCCAGAACAAUGGAGUGGCCCUGCUGCUGCAGCUCCUGGACACUAAGAGGCCUGAGCUGGUGCUGGCUGCAGUGCGGACUCUGUCAGGCAUGUGCAGUGGCCACCGAGCGAGGGCCACGGCGAUUCUGCAUGCAGUUGGCAUAGACCGGAUCUGUGGCCUCAUGUCUGUGGAGAACGAGGAGAUGGCUCUGGCCGUCUGCAACCUGCUGCAGGCCAUCAUUGACUCCCUGUCUGGGGAGGACAAGCGGGAGCAUCGAGGGAAGGAAGAGGCCCUGGUUCUAGACACCAAAAAGGACCUGAAGCAGAUCACCAGUCACUUGCUUGACAUGCUGGUCAGUAAGAAGGUGUCUGGCCAGGGCAGGGACCAGGCGCUGAACCUGCUCAAUAAGAAUGUUCCCAGGAAGGACCUCGCCAUUCAUGACAACUCCCGCACCAUCUAUGUGGUGGACAAUGGCCUGAGGAAGAUUCUGAAGGUAGUGGGGCAGGUUCCAGAUCUGCCCUCCUGCCUGCCCCUGACCGACAACACCCGCAUGCUGGCCUCCAUCCUCAUUAACAAGCUCUACGAUGACCUGCGAUGUGAUCCGGAGCGCGAUCAUUUCCGAAAGAUCUGUGAGGAGUAUAUCACGGGCAAGUUUGACCCCCAGGACAUGGACAAGAAUGUGAAUGCCAUUCAGACAGUGUCUGGGAUCCUGCAGGGGCCCUUUGACCUGGGCAAUCAGCUACUGGGAAUGAAAGGCGUCAUGGAGAUGAUGGUGGCGCUGUGUGGCUCAGAGCGCGAGGCUGACCAGCUGGUGGCCGUGGAGGCCCUCAUCCACGCCUCCACCAAGCUCAGCCGCGCCACCUUCAUCAUCACCAAUGGUGUGUCAUUGCUCAAAAGCAUCUACAAGACCACCAAGAAUGAGAAGAUCAAGAUCCGCACACUGGUGGGCCUCUGCAAGCUCGGCUCUGCAGGGGGCACAGACUAUGGUCUCAGGCAGUUUGCUGAAGGAUCCACAGAGAAGCUGGCCAAGCAGUGUCGCAAGUGGCUGUGCAAUGCAGCCAUAGACACCCGCACCCGGCGCUGGGCGGUGGAGGGCCUGGCCUACCUCACCCUGGAUGCUGAUGUGAAGGACGACUUUGUCCAGGACAUCCCGGCUCUGCAGGCCAUGUUUGAGCUGGCGAAGACCAGUGACAAGACCAUUCUGUACUCAGUGGCCACCACACUGGUGAACUGCACCAACAGCUAUGAUGUCAAGGAGGUCAUCCCCGAGCUGGUGCAGCUGGCCAAGUUCUCCAAGCAGCACGUGCCUGAGGAGCACCCCAAGGACAAGAAGGACUUUGUGGACAUGCGGGUGAAGAGGCUCCUGAAGGCAGGUGUCAUCUCCGCUCUCUCCUGCAUGGUGAGAGCAGACAGUGCCAUCCUCACUGACCAGACCAAGGAGCUGCUGGCCAGGGUGUUCCUGGCGCUGUGUGACAACCCAAAGGACCGAGGCACCAUUGUGGCUCAAGGUGGUGGCAAGGCCCUGAUCCCGCUGGCUUUGGAGGGCACGGAUGUGGGCAAGGUGAAGGCGGCCCACGCUCUGGCCAAGAUCGCGGCUGUCUCUAACCCGGACAUCGCCUUCCCUGGCGAGCGGGUCUAUGAGGUGGUGCGGCCCCUUGUGGGUCUCCUGGACACGCAGAGGGACGGGCUGCAGAACUACGAGGCUCUCCUGGGCCUCACAAACCUGUCUGGGCGGAGUGACAAACUCCG